UACUUCCUGUAAUUCUGUUGGGUCUAACAGGCGGAAGCAGUGUUCUGGCAAACGAUACAUUUUUAUUUUGCUGGGUUAAAAGAUUGACAUUUAUUUCUCAAAAUGCCGGCGUACCACUCUGGCUUGAUGGAUGGGGACACCAAGAUGGUGGGGAACAUGGCUAUGCUGCCACUAAAAACCCAGUUCAAGGGCCCUGCAGCAAAAGAGACCAAAGAUUCUGACAUCAUUGAGGAGGCCAUCUACUAUUUCAAAGCCAACGUCUUCUUUAAGAAUUAUGAAAUCAAGAACGAGGCAGACAGGACACUGAUCUACGUCACCCUUUACAUUUCUGAAUGUCUGAAGAAGCUACAGAAGUGCAGCUCCAGGGGUCAGGGAGAGAAGGAAAUGUACACUCUGGGCAUCACUAACUUUCCCAUCCCUGGAGAACCUGGCUUCCCUCUCAACGCCAUGUAUGCAAAGCCCAGCAACAAGCAGGAAGAGGAGACCAUGAGGGCGUACCUGCAGCAGAUCCGCCAAGAGACGGGGCUGAGGCUGUGUGACCGUGUAUUUGACCCCCAGACAGACAAACCCAGCAAGUGGUGGAUGUGCUUUGUCAAGAAACAGUUCAUGAACAAAAGCCUUUCAGCUCCUGGACAGUAGACAACUCAGGACUGCUGGAGGUUAUUUUAAACGAAUGCGAGGCAGAUGGAUUUUACACUGAAUAAGAAGAGUACAUGGACGUGCUAUUGUUGUGUCAUUGGUCAUGUUAAGCUGGUGCUUGAUGUGUCCCUGUCGAUCUUUGACAAAAUGGAAGAACAGCAUUGUAUUUUUCUUGUUAAUUGUGUAAAUCAACAUGAAGAUAUUUUCAAAACUU